CAGACUCCCAAGACAUCAUUUCAAAACCAACCUGCUCAUAGCUACCAGCCAGUCUUAAACAGUCACACAAUGAAAGUGCUUUGCAUUAUCUCAGCCAUUUUGGCCAUGAGUGCCUUGACUCGUACCCAAGAGGCGUCCAAGGAUGGAAUCAUCCAAAAGGCUCCAUCCAACGUGGUCAACUGCAAUUGCCAAUGUGAUAACUACACUUAUACCAACCACAAAGGGCAGAUCCAGGGCAACUGCAAAUCAGCUGAUCAGACCUAUGGCCUUUGGUGCUAUGUGGACCGUCAGGAUGACUGUUCCGACAUUCGUUAUUCCCGGGACCGUGUGGAUUCUUAUGGCAAUAAGCGAAAGUGGUCUUAUCAAGCGUGUUCCACUCCUGCCUUGAACAGCUACGAGUGCCGAAAUGGAAACUACGGCAAUGGCAACACCAGUGGAGGUGGCCGAAGACCCAACCGACCCAACCGACCCAACCGAAGACCCAAUAACAACCGCCCGGGAAACCAGGGGUUAGGCAAUACUGGAUCCCUUGGAGAACUCCUCGGUCUUGGAGUUCGUGAUGGAGCUGCCAAUGCGGAGGCCCCCAAAAAGGCCAACACUGAUGGGCUCCAGUUCCAAUAAAUGUGACGACGCUCAGUUUUUAUGUUUAAAAAUUGUUUGUUUUUGUGUUGUCUCCACCUAAAAAGGAUGAAAUCCCUGUUUUAGAUAAAUGUGAUAUGCACAAAUGAUUUGCGCAAAAUUGUGGACCACUCGAGGCCAAAUAAAUGGUUUUUUUUUUUUUAAGUUUAA